AGGCACUUCAGGAAGGCAUUUUGCCCCGUUAUUUAUGAUAUAUAUAUGAUUGUGACUGAAUGACAGUAGAAUAUGCCACAUUUGGGAAAUGAGUGAGAGGCUUUGUGAGAUUGCAUCAUCUCUGCUACCAUGUCUGUGCUUGUGAAAGAAAUUAAUAAUGAUACCCUACCUUACCAUAGUUUGCUUUGGUAGCUUUUCUAGUGUGUAGCUUAGCUAGUAAGGAAGUAAACACAGUUUGAAGAAGCUUACUAGGAAAGCAGUUUUGGUGAACCUUUGCUUACAAGGCUUGAAGUCUCUGAAGUAUCUCUCUAUCUUUAUUACUCAGGAAGAGAGCAGGAUGAAGACUGAAGGCUCCUAAUUGAGCCAGACGCUGCUUCCUGCUUUGCAAAAGGCAUAAUUUUCAAAGAGAAGUGAUCCAAGCUGCUUGAGGAGGCAAGAAGUGUCACAUCCACAAAAACAACACUGUGAAGAGUUUCUGGACAGAGUGCUGCUCCAGCACCAGAACUGCCUUUCUGGAUCAGGACCUACCUCAGUGAGAACCUUGGAAGAAACACAGUAGAAGGAAACGAUUAAGGCAGCGUUUGAAGAGUACAAAUGAGAAAAUAUGUUCAAGGAGAGCUGCAGGCAGAAUCUUACAGAAGAGUAAGUAAACCUUUGCAUUAACCAGAUCUGAGGUGGAGGUUUCCAUUGGUGAAUGAGGACCUAAGAAGAGACCUUAAGAGUAUACAGAAUAUUAAAUAUAGACGCAGUGAUAUUAGGGAUGUCUUGUGUUUUCAGCCUGUGUAAUACUUUAAUCCUCAGAUCUACCGUCCUACAGUCAUCAGCUGUAAUUAAUCAGAAAUGAAAUGCUCAGCUCAAUUCUGUUUUUUCAUAUCAAAUUUGGCUCCCAGUCACAUUGCCUUCCUAUGUAUUGGUGAAGGUUGGAUUCUGCGUCUGAUUCAGAUCUUCUCCUGACUGCACACCUUAUGAAAAAUUGUAUUUGACUUAAAAAGUGAGACUUGCUUGCUGCAAGCUGUUUUGUUUUCCCUCUGGACAUUCACUGUAAUGAGAAAGUGAAAUUUUAAGUGUUUUAAAGUGCAUUUUCAGAGUGUUCUUAGGAGAUCUGGGCAGAGCAAGGAUUUGUUCCUUUUCAGUCCAUGGCUCAUUGCUUUAGUAAGUAAAAUGCAUACCUCGUUAGCUCAUAAUCAUUUUGAGAACCGAAGGUUAUUAUUUUGCCUGAACCUCACUCUGUAAGAAUAUGUCCCUUUCAGGGUGACCUUGUGUGGUAAGAGCAAAAAAGAAAGCAGUCAGAUGCCAUUAGCAGCCUUCCAUGGAGCUAGUGGACAGAAAAAUCUGGGGGAGAUACCCGAAGCUUUGUAGCAUUGCUGCAAUUUUGCACAUCAUUGUCCAAGAGCAGCCACACCAUAUCCAGCAGAGCCCAGCUCAGCUAUGUCAUUAUACUCAUCCCUCCCCACAGCUUUCCAGGGGACUGAAUGAAACCCUCAUGACCGCUCCGCACUCGUUCCUUAAUAGCACACCCUGGUCACGUCUCCGUGCGAGCACAUUGCGCUGGGAUUGCUGAGCAGAAGCAGCAAGGAGCUGAUGGCGAUGCAUUUCCAGCACGGGCUGCCAGAGCCCUCUGUUUGCCAUUGGCUGCGGUUUUCUGGUUUAUUUGCAGCUUCCCCCAUCUGGAAUAUGAAAAUUGGAUUGGAAUAGGUAAUUGCUAGCAGCGGGUUUUUGAGAGAGGCUUGGUGGGAGCGGAAUUCUUCUCGUACAGCACUGCCUGCACUGAAAAAAAGCUCUGAUUUUAGAUGUUAGCCACGUCUGAAUUUCUGGGAAACUUUACCGUGGGAGCACUGCGCACAAUCCUGGACCUUACAGCCAAAGAGGCACGGAGGGGGCAGACAAUGGGAUGCCCUGUCCUUGGGUUGCUCCAAGAACAGACACCCAGAGCUCCCCUUGGCUGCCCCGCAAAACAAGCGUGAAGGUGACCAUGGACUGAAUCGCACCCAGCGGAGAUCCUGCAGCUGUUAAGGAUGGGAUACACAGACCCCUCGUCGGGCAGGGAUUUGCUGGGAAACAGGACUUUGUUCUUCAUCUUCAUCUGCGCCUUCGCUGUAGUCACCCUGCUGCAGCAGAUCCUCUAUGGGAGGAACUAUCUCAAAAGAGGGCUGCAGUUUAGCUGGCAGAAUGGAGAGGAAUUGGCCAAUUGGACCGGCACCUUUAAUUUCACGGAUGACGGAGCAGUGAAGAGUGGCAGUGACACAGGCACCAGGUAUUUCGAGUUUUAUGAAGGUCCACUGGAAUACAACUCCACCAAAUGCCUGGAAUUGCGACAGGACAUCAUUGCAGUGAAGGUUUUGUCUAUGGUGAAACAAACUGAAUUAUUUGACAGGUGGAAGAGCCUACAGAUGUGCAAAUGGGAGAUGAAUGUCACAGAAGCCAACAUAUUCAAAUCUACGUUGUCGAGGUGUUGCAAUGCUCCUGCCUUCUUGUUCACCACUCAGAAAAACACUCCCUUGGGAACUAAGCUGAAGUACGAAGUGGAUACCAGUGGGAUCUUCCACAUCAACCAAGAAAUCUUCAAGAUGUUUCCAAAGGAUAUGCCAUACCACCGCUCCCAGUUCAAGAAGUGUGCGGUGGUUGGGAAUGGGGGGAUCCUGAAGAACAGCAGGUGUGGCCGAGAGAUCGACAGCGCAGACUUCGUGUUUCGAUGCAAUUUGCCUCCCAUCUCUGAGAAGUACUUAGCAGAUGUCGGGGUGAAGACGGACGUUGUGACUGUCAAUCCCAGCAUCAUUACUGAGAGGUUUCAUAAGCUGGAGAAGUGGAGGAAGCCUUUCUAUGACGUGCUCCAGGUUUAUGAGAAUGCCUCCGUGCUGCUGCCGGCCUUCUACAACACACGCAACACGGAUGUCUCCAUCAGGGUCAAGUAUGUCCUGGAUGACUUCGAGUCCCAGCAAGCUGUGUACUACUUUCACCCCCAGUAUCUCAUCAACGUCUCACGCUACUGGCUGGGCCAAGGGGUGCGGGCCAAGCGGAUCAGCACGGGACUCAUCCUGGUGACUGCUGCUCUGGAGCUCUGCGAAGAGGUCCACCUCUUUGGCUUCUGGGCCUUCCCCAUGAACCCCUCAGGGAUUUUUAUAACUCACCACUACUAUGACAAUGUGAAGCCUCGCCCUGGUUUUCAUGCGAUGCCCUCGGAAAUCUUCAACUUUCUGCACAUGCACAGCAAGGGGAUCCUGCGGGUUCACACCGGAACCUGCGGCUGCUGUUGACAAGGGCACUUCUUCCUCUGGUGCAAAAGUGCAUCAGGAACUCGAUGCCUGUGUACACCCUGAGAUUAUGCAAUAGUUGUUUGAUAUAAAUUUCCUUGAGGCAUUGCAUCCCAUAGGAUCUAUGUGACCAGCAUCCUUCCUGCUAGCAGAGUCGGGUCCAUAGCAGUGUGGGUGAAGCAAAACUCCUCUGUCCUGAGGUGUGCACUGCCCUGGGAAGCAGGUUGGAUGAGAAGCACAUCUCCAAUAGAUUUAGAAAUAUACAGAGCACAUAAAUAUAACUGUCAUUUCACCAUGGAUUAGAUCACCAAGCUUUUAAGGAGAAUUGGGGAUGGAGAGUUUCAGCAUAGACUGUAUGGCUUUACAUAGGCUUUUGAGUUGAGUGCUGUGGGGCACUGUCAGCUUUUACUGAAAGCACUGUUCUCUGGCAUUUGGGUUUUUGAAAAUACUCUUUGCUUUGUAGUUUUAAGGGCAGCUGUGUAACUUGAGGUCAUUGUUCAGUAACGUCACAAAGUAUUGUUGAAAAACAGCAGAUAGGAGAGACAGGAAUAAACAAGGUCACCUUAUGAAAUCUUUCAGCUGGGAUAGAAGAGAACUCCCAUUUGCAGUAACAGGUCACUGUACUGACCAUGGUGUAUGGUUGUUCUAGAGCUUCUUUCUUCUUCUCAUAUCAUGCCUGGCCUACUCUGCUGGUAACAUUUUCUUUCCCACUGCAAUCUUUUCCUUUUUGCUAAUACAUGUGCAGUGUCUGCUUUCUUCGACAGUGACCAUCAGCUUCAGAUUGGAGACCUUCCCAAUUCUUUAAGCUUUCCUUGGAUUGAAUAGUGAGAAGGUUACCCUAGUUAGAUUUUCUGAGUUCAUUUUUGAUUCAGUUAUCGCAGCAUUAGAUGGAAAAGGACUUUCUCCUCUGUUUUAUUAAAGACUUUUGUAGGAGUAUUCGAGUGUUGAUCCACUGUUGUACAGCUCAAAUCAAAUAUUUUCAGAUGUCUGUGAUAAAUACCUGCAGGAAAUGAAGUUAAAAGACAGUGAAGAUAUUAAUGGCUUGAAUUAUGAUGUCUGAAUGCGGCAUUUGUUUGUGCUGAGAAUGUUACUAGGAUAAUAAAAGGGCUGAUGUAUUCUUUGAAGUGUUGCCAAUGUAACUUAGUCAUACCAAGCUUGGUUUUCUACCUGAUGCAAGUUACCUUGGCAAAACCCUGGUGCAGGACAGAUGCACGUGUUUAGUGUGAAGCACUUGGGCUGCUGUGCAGUGCUGUUGUCUUGUCCUUUCCAGACUGCAGAGAUUUUGAAUUUAAAGUGCUUGUCCUCUCUGAGGGCUGUGUUCCAAUCAGAACUGUAUUUGAUUUUGUUAUGUGUGUGCACACAAAGCUACUUUUAAAGCCUCUGUGCUGUGCUGACAGCUCUGACAUUUAAAAGGGUGUAAAGGAAGCGAAGCACAGCAGUCGCCAUUCCAGAAGUCCCUGCUGACCAUACAGCAUUGACCUGGAUGGUGUGCAGGAGUCUGAAUUUCUUUUGCACCAGGCUUCAGGUCUAAUUAGUUCAAAAACAACCCAUUUCUCUGUUGAAGUGUCAGAGCUCGGUAAGUGCCAUCCAGGGGUAGGCAAAGGAUUUGUGCUUAAGCUUUGUGCAUUUGUCUUGUGCUUUUGGUCUUAGAGCUGUGUGUUGGUGAACUGUAUCACAGUACACCCAGAAUGAACCUACAGGUGAAAUGGUUUCCUAGAUUUAAUAAGCAAAAGAGGUCUUUGUCUUGGGUGUGUUUUGUAAAUUAAUGUGCAAAGGGCUUUGAUAACGAAGUGCUGUAACAGAAGUGCUUUGUAGAGAGCAGCAUGACCCGUGGGCUGGGCAUCUUGCUGUGUGUUGAGCUUUAUCAUAAUGAAGCCAGCACCUGUCUACCUCACUUCUGCCCGAGUGAGGGCCUGGUGGUGACUUGGUUUGCUUUGCUGCUGCUGCUUUGCUGGGGAUACACUCUUUGGUAAGAGUUUUUCUUCGCUAUAUUGAUUGAAGCGAGCAAAAGGAGUCUGAUCUAUUGCAAGAGGUACUUCAGAAAGAUGGGAAGGCAUUUGAGAAGCAUCAGCAUGUUGGAAAGAAAUGGAGCAAAUCCCCGUUUGGUUGCAAAAUUUCUUCUGGACUUUUUGGUCAGGCAAAAGGAUAAGCGAAGCUAUAAUUACAGCAACCUCUAAUUGCAGGGACACAGACAUUUUCUUCCCCUUGUUUGCUUCAGAUAAAUUAGCAAUGUAAAUUCACCGAGGCUACACUGUAUAAGUGCAGUUUUACUGUGUUUAGAUUUUGAUGGAUUAUAGGUCUAUAACUACUAUAUAUUUUUAAUGAUUUUAAAAUGCACAUGCGGGCUACUUGCACAUAUGCACCAAAGGCCCAGUCCUGCAACUUUCAUCUUAAAAGAGCUCCCAUUCCAGUUGGUAGGUAUUUUAUUUGUAUAGGUAUUGCAGAAACAAACCCAACCAUGUCUCUGGAGAUAUACAUAGGUAUAUAUUAGCGAUGUUUAGUGAUAGGACUGGAGGGAAUGGCCUCAAGUUGUGCUAAGGGGACAUUCAGGUUUGGAUAUUAAGAAAAAUUUUCUCUCUGUUAGAGCUGUCAGUCAGGUUCUGGAAUGGGCUGCCCAGGGAGGUGAUGGAGUCAAUGUCCAAAUUGAUCCAAUGUCAAAGAAUUGUUUAGAUGUGGUACUAAAGUACAUGGUUAGUGGGGAAUUAUUGGUGGUAUUGGUGGCAGGCAGACAUUGGACUAGAUGAUCUUGAAGGUCUUUUCCAACCUUCAUUAUUCUAUGACUCUUUAUUAGAUGAGAUUUAGGGAGUGAUUUGCAAGCUAGAAAGAUUCUUACAGAAAUAUAUAUAUAAUAGUCCUUGAAAGGAAGUGCAUGCUGCAACAUGUUUGCUUUCUGAUCUGUUUUUCAGGUGUUGCUCAAAAAAUAAUUGCAAAGUGAGAGCGUUUUUGUGAGCAAUUUGGAAGCUUUCAGAUUGUUCUCGGCCUUCUUGCUUUGCAUUAGGCACUGGAAAAACCACAUUCCUGCUGGUGUCCAGUCUGAAGGUGGGGAUGGUGCCCCCAGAGGUCUCAGCCAUGCACAAGUCAAUGAAUAAAGCCGUUAUCUCUCAUCCUGAGCUCAGAUGGCAAGCCCAGCUGUCUUGCUGAGAAGAUGAAUUCUGAGGCAGGGAGAGAGAAAAUUACAAUACUGGGGAUUAAUCACCAGCUUCUGAUAUUAUUUAUGGGAAUCUCUUAAGAAGUUCCUGAGAUCUUCAUACACUGACAAUGCAAAUUCAGUCAGAAAAUCAUGGCUGGGCCUGCUCCUCUUUGAUAGGGUAAUAGUGGAGCUUAUGGGCCCACCCACCAGUGCCGUCAUCAAGGGGAAAAGAAGGCUUAAUCAAAAUACUUCAGCUGCUUGCUCUCAGUUUAUGGGCAGAACAAAUCGUGAUAGAGGUUGGAAGGGAUCCUCCUGUUUGGUUAGUACCCAAGCAUGCAGUGAGCUUUGGAGCUUUCGCGCCUAUGCUGAGAAGGAAACACUGUCAAAAAUCAGCAAUCCCUAAAGGCCAAAGUCACUGGGAAAUUCUGGAAUGAGCCGAGGAAUAAAAGAGUCAGUACUUACACUGAGGGCCUUUACCAAAAUCCAGUGAAAUUCAUGGUAAGUUUGGAAUAGAUCACAGCCAACCUGCAGGCUGUGUGCAGGGGGAGCAGCCCUUGUUUCUUACUCUCUUGUUUUCAAAUAUGUUUUUUAUCUGUCGUAGAUACAGUGCAGUAGCAAUACUGUGUUUUUAAUGGUUAGUGUUAGAAGAACAAAAUCUGGAAGCCCAAGUGCCGUGAGCGUCACUCUCCCUUCCAGAUUCCUGCACUUUCCAUCCUUUCCAAUUCAUCUAUGCAAAACAUUUCAUCGCGGUCGUGUAAAUGAACCAAACCACAGUGAGCCCCUGCAUCCUGCUGCGUGUGUGUGAAUCACAUGCCGUGAGAGAAGAGGGGUUCUUCUGCUUUCUUUGAAAUGCCAGCGUGUAAUUUGCCUGUGAUACAAUUGUGUUGAAGGUGGGAUUCCCAGUGAGGCCAGUACAAAGCGUUCAUUUGGCUUCAGUGGGAAAACAACGGGUCCAAUGGUUGUGAGUCAAGCCUGCAACCCUCAUUUCCAACCCACCCCCAUGCACUAUUACACUUCUAUGUCUUACUGUCCUCCCGUCUAAUGUGGGUGAGGCUGCUGUGAUAUCUGCAUGGUAUCCCAAAUCGUUGGCAAUUGUACUUAAGUGCUUUUGUAAUGAAUCUUAAGGAAAAUCCAAACAUACUCAUUGGGGUGAGGGAGCCUGAAUCCCAGGCUUCAGCACCUCCCAUGUUCCUUAAAGCCUGAGCAUGAGAAACAUCAGCAAUGAGGGUUUGGGCUGUAGCGGGAAGCCUAAAGAAAGAUAAAUACACCUCAGCAUUUCAAGGAUUGAAAGCUGUAAAUAUGUUACUGGUACGUCUGACUUGUGGUUGGACUAGAUGAUCUUAGAGGUCUUUUUGAAUUAUAAUGAUUCUAUGAUUCUACGACUUUCCCUUUAGAAGCCAUAAAUGUUCUCAGUGUUUGACCUUUGGGUGAGUUGCUGUGUGUUUUUAACCCUACUAACCACUGUAAAAUGUGUUAGAAUGUAAAAUAGCGACAGGCUGAGCCAACAAGAUCAAAGUGUUGGCUGGUUCUUGAAACGUUCUACCUGAAACUGUGCGCUUUAAGAUGGACCAGGAUACUGAAAUAGGCAUCUCAUUGCUCCCUACAGCGUAUGGAGAUGGUCGUUGUUGCCCAGAAAUGCUGGAUCAAAAUGGCAUCUUCAUGCUGAGGGAGGUCAGGCUGAUGCAAAAAUAAAGCUUGUUCCAUAAUUGUUAUUUCUGUAUGGUGGUGACGGCGGGGGUGGAUAGACCCAAGCAGAGCCAUGGUAAUUUCAUGCUGAUGUUAAAGCCAUCGUGCCCAUUGACUCACCUUUCUUUUCUUUCCGUCUGCCACCCUGUAAUCCUUGCUUCUUUCUGUAGCUGUAAUAUGGUUGUAGUAGGAAGCCUAUCAAUUGAUGUAAGCCAUAACUAAAGCAGUAAUCAGGGUACUUUCUUUUGUCUGUAUCACUGUGUUUGAAAGAUGAUUUGACUCUAUUGAAUAAACCUCUUUAACAGUUUUAUGGGAAAGGCUGA